AUGACGGACUGCCGUGGAUUGUCCGAAGAUGAGGCAAAAAUGCUCCUCGAGCUGGAGUUGCUUGCGGCUGGAGCAACUUUUGCAAGUAUGUCAAAGGCAAGUCCGGUUCGUGAAGAUCCGCAGGAGCAUAACAGGUUUCGACGAAACCUGGGUAGCCGGAUGAGGGCGGUCAAAGAGGAAGAGGAGAGUCCGCGCACAACGAGCUUCAACAUAGAAGUGGAGUAUGAAGCUGACUGGACACAAGAUGAAGUUGAAGGUUCUGGUUCCCGGUGGUCGGAGACAGUCCGGCCGAAUUUCUGUGGUAGCAGCGAUGUCAGCACAGCAACUUCUAGCGGUGCUUUGCCCGAAGAUCUUCAUGAAGGUCUGGAAGCGGAAGACGAAGAGGCACAUUUCUGUCAGCAGGAGCCAGCAGGUCCUCGAGUGAGGAGAAGUCGCAGAGGUAGCCAUGUGUCACAGGAGGAAGGCUUGCAUCGGGAAAUCCCAGGCAACAAGAAAACAGUGCAGCAGCCGGCCUUGCAACCGGCUAUACGGAUUUUGGUGCGGUCAACAGCUGCGGAGCCAAUUCCAUGCGAGGAGGAUACUCCUGCCAAGAAAUCUAUGGGCCACGCGCAAGAAGAAGAUCCAUGGGUGUCAGGUUUGGAUCCAUGGGCUGCCGCAAAGCUACCGCGUGCCAGCAUGCAAAAAGGGCAAGGACGUUCCGCUGCGAAAGGCCGCCGACGCGGCAACGGCCGGGAUUGA